AUGGAUCCUCUGCUGCUGCACUCGCCUCCGUUAUACUCUGUCUAUUCUUCUUUCUUUUCUCGCAUGCAUUAUCUCCCCGACAACAACAACAACAACAACGACAAUAACAAUAAUAAUAAUAGUAAUAAUAAUAAAAAGCAUCAGCCGCGGUUGCUGCGGAGCCUACUUCCUCUCCCAGCAACAGCAACAGCAGCAACAGCAGCAGCAGCAGCACCGGCUCGCUUAGACCAGCCUGAGAACUGGCGAAUCUUUAUGGGGGGUCAUGACCCUGCAGCGCCGUUUGCUGAGGCUUUGAUUAAUCUGCACAAUCACAACGAGCUGCUGCAGGAGCUGCAGCAGGAGCUGAAGCAGGAGCUGCGGCAGGAGCUGCUGCAUGAGCUGCAGCAAAAGCUGCAGCAGGAGCUGCUACAGGAGCUGCUGCAUGAGCUGCAGCAAAAGCUGCAGCAGGAGCUGCAGGAGGAGUUGCGGUAG